AAUUUAGAACCGCUAAUUAUGCUCGAUAGUAAUCUACCUAAUGACACAUUACAUUACUUGCCCCGGGGAAUGAAGUUCCGUGUGUCAUGUGAACACCAAAGCCAUGAGAUCUGGUAUGUAAACAUGGUAUUUCCGAGCAUGGAUCAAAGAACAUCGAAUGAAUAUCAUUUCGGUAAACAUUGAAUACCGGAGAACAAUAAGUGAUAUAGAGAACUUCACUUUUCCGCAAACAGUGACCAAAAAAUGUGUUUUUCGCUUGGAAAUGUGAUUUUUCGUCAACUCAGCAUUUGAGAGGCGUCGGUUUCUGAAAGAACAUGUUACCAAGAUCGUUGGAUACGGACAUACUGGAGCUUUUCGACAUACAUUCAUCAGAUUAAAAAUCGCGUGAAAUAUAGUUUGUUGAUACAAUUAAAAGCCCCUGGAACUUGAUAUAAGGAGGAUACUGCCAGUCAAGUUUUAUUCCAGUGAGAUUUAAGGUUAGACAAAGUGUGGACAAGUCUCUGAGGCUUAUAGUAUUUGAAGGACAUAAUAUAGUUUCCAUGGCGACCGUCACCCCAUCAGCGCUAAGCAUAUUUCUUCUCGCCGCCAUCUUCUCCAGGGCAUCGGGUUGCGAAUGUGCCACGGAACCGGCUUUCUGCUCUUUAGGAUUUGGUAUCAGAGGAACGGUUACGGAUAUCCGAGGCAAUGUCACUGCCGGCGAUUUCAUCACAUACACUGUUCGGAUAGCCGAAGUAUACCGCAACUCAACAGACGGAAUCUCCGUCGACAAUUCAGUCGACAUCAUUACUAUCAGUUCAGCCGAAGCGUGUGGUAUACCCGACUUAAUAGAGAAUGUGACGUACCUACUUUCUGGGGGUGUCGUGUUCGGUAGCUAUCAUCUGCACACAUGCAAUUCUGUGGUCGUCGAAUACAGCGACUACGUCGACAACAAGGAUCGCCAUGAAGAUGUCGACAUUCCUUGCUCAGCCACAUCGUCGUCGAUGACCGCCAGUGCCUUUGUCGUCGUCUUUGUCGCUCUACUCGACCAUGUUUUCUUCCCCUGUGUGAGAAUCAGUCAGAAUUUCACCAGUCAAGUAAACAUGGCAAAGUCUACCUUCCUUGCUUCUAUGUUCCUCGUUUUGGGUAUCAUCUGUGGUGUCAUCUUGCAGCCGAUAUCAGGAUGCUCCUGCGGACCCGGAUAUAAGGACCCAGCUUUUUGCUCGUUCGAUUUCGGUAUCAACGGAACAGUGGUUGAUAUUAAUGGAAACGUCACUUUGCAAGAAGAUCUGGUAUACAGCGUCAACGUACAAGACGUAUACCGAAACACGUCGGAGGGAAUAUUUGUCAACGAAAUCCUGGAAAUAAGAACAUCGGCGACCUCCUGCGGCUUCCACAAUUUUGAAAUUGGCAAGGUCUACCUAAUUGCAGGAGGAUUUUCAGGAGUCUACACCAUAGAGUCGUGUUAUGCCGUCGUCAUCGGAUACAAUGAUGACGGGGAGCCGUAUAGAGAUGUCGACAUACCGUGCUCGACGACGUCGGUAACCAUCGCCUCAUCGGUCGUCGUCAUAUCAUUCCUAUUCACUUUGCUAUUCGUAUGAACUCGUGGAAGCAUGUCUUUUAGUACUGUCAUGAUUUGCACCACGAUUCAUACGGCGUACUUACUCGUAGAGUUAUCGUAGUGAUCUUAUCAGAUCGUAUCAGAUCAUAUCAGGGCCACGUCUUACAAAGAGUUACGAUUGAUCCAAUCAAUCGUAACUCUAUGGAAAUCCAUCGGUGUCGUAUUUUUUUC